ACUUUGCUCAAUUAAAUAUCAACACGAAUCUGAUGCUUUCGCCGACGUGUAGCCUGAUUUGAUAGUACCUAUUUAUUAUUAACAGUUUCUAUUAGUAAUAACUACGUAUUAUAACAGAUCUAUUUAAGCAUGUGGGUUCUCUUUUUGGAAACAUAAACUGAAAAAAUACUUUAUUAGUUAUUAGCCUGUAAAGUGGGAUUUGUUGAACUAUGCCCUGCUUUCGCGUCAUGUGCGUUACACUGCUGCUCUCUGUCGGGACACUGAUUCAUGUGAUUAACGCCGAGGAGUUUACUGAAGAAAUAAAGCCUCCAGACUGGAGAAAGACCUUAAAAUCCAUCCGGAACGGACUAAACUAUGUAGACAAAUACCUUAACAUGGCUUUGGAUUUGAUCGGAGGUUCAGACGGACGGUGUAUUUUCAAGUGCAGUGACGGGUACACACCAGUUCCUCGUCCCAACUACAGAUCACCUCCGCCCAACGGAUGCGGCUCUCCACUGUUUGGAUUUCAGUUUGAUAUUGGGAUCCCAUCUAUGACCAGAUGCUGUAAUGAGCAUGAUAUAUGCUAUGAUACUUGUGGGAGAGUGAAAAAUGACUGUGAUGAUCAAUUCCAAGCCUGUCUGGAGUCCAUCUGUAGUAAUUUACAAAUGACACUGGGCUUGUCCCAAAGUGUUCAAACCUGUGAAUCAGCAGUGACUUUGCUCUUUGAUACUGUCAUGCACUUGGGAUGUAAGCCUUACCUGGAUAGCCAAAGAUCGUCCUGCAUUUGUCGUUAUGAGGAGAAGGCUGAUCUGUGAAGAGUUAAUAUUUAUAUGUUGACGUUUUGUUUGUUAUUGUCUCAGGGUACAGCAAAAUGCAGUACAAUUUGUUUCUUUGCAUUGUAUGCGUUUAUUGCAAUGUCAUAGUGAACUGUGAAAUGAUUUAAUAUGAUUGUAAAUGUAUAUACUGAUGUACCUUUCUUUAUACACAAAAUAUUUAAUAUAUAAAAUAUACACACUACUAUAUACACAAUAUACACACUACUAUUAGCAGUUGUGGGAUUUACUAUGGUAAAUUUAAAAUGGACAAAGUCACCCAAGGUGAAUUAGUUAUAAUAUAGCAAAUUGUUAUGGGUUUGUAAUAUUUUGAAAUGGGAUAAAAUAAAGAUUUUAAACCCAAAAGGAUAAAAAAAAAUGUACAUUACAUUGCGGUGAUGAGUCAUUAUGUGGAGUUCAUACACUUCCGGUCAAAAAUGAUUUUUAAUGUUUUUUAAAUAAGUCUCUUCUGCUCACCAAGCCUGCAUUUAUUUGAUCCAAAGCACAGCAAAAACGUAAAAAAGUAAAAUUGUGAAAUAUUUUUACUAUUUAAAAUAACUUUCUUUUUGAAUAUAUUUUAAAAAUGUAAUUUAUUCCUGUGAUCAAAGCUACAUUUUCAUCAUCAUUACUCCAGUCUUCAGUGUCACAUGAUCCUUCAGAAAUUAUAGAAAUUAGUACUUUUAUUUAUAAUGUGACAAGAUUUCUAUUUCAGAUAAAUGCUGUUCUUCUUAACUUUCUAUUAACAAAAAAACUGAAAAAAAAAAAAAAAAAAUAAUAAUAAUAAUAAUAAAUAAAUCUACUUAGCUGUUUUUAACAUAAUAAUAAUAAAAAUAUGGUUUUUUUUAGCAGCAAAUCAGAAUAUUAGAAUGAUUUUUGAAGGAUCAUGUGACUGGAGUAAUGAUGCUAAAAAACACUUUGAAAUCACAUAAAUAAAUUACAUUUUAAAUAUAUUCAAAAAUAAAGCAGUUAGUUUGAAUAGUACAAAAAAUUCAAAAUUUUGCUGUGAGAAGAAGAGAAUUCUUUAAAAACAUCAAAAAUCUUACUAAAUCUGUUCAAAAACUUUUGACUGGUAGUGUACAUGAUAAUUUAAUAGAGACAAACAUUAAAAGAUCUGUACACAACUGUUAACCUACAAACAUCACCCUGACUAUAAUAUUUGUAUAUAAUUAACUAGGAAUGGCAAAGAAUAGUCGUAGCAAAAAGAGCUUUAACAAAUCAGAAUUUUAAUAUAAAAAGCAAUGAGUAAUUGAGCCAUUGGACACCUUAUGCACACAUGAGUUUGCAUGCACAACAGUCAAUGGCCUAGGAACUUUAUCACAGUAUAUCUUAGAUAUGUCCAAUAACACCUCAUCUCUAAUACACCACACUCACCAAAAAGAAAAUAAACUUUACACAAUUUAGAUUUUUAUCUUUUCUUCGUCAUUAUUAAUAAAGCCAACAUGAAAUUC